AUGGCCAUUGGCAAUGCUCUAAAACGAAGUCAACAGUCAUCAAAUAGGGUUGAAAAUUAUGCAGACGAAGAAGAGGAACCACUAACAGAGACGGAAAUUAAAUCGUCAGAUUUCGAAAUUGGCGAUAAAUAUGAGCUGGGUGAACUCUUCCAGAAAGUUGCUGGUAAAGUUUGGACUCUUCUCUUUUAUGUGACAAUCUGCAUAUACAUUUAUGGGGAUUUGGGCAUCUACGCUGCUGCUGUCUCGAAAUCUCUUCGUGAUGUUACUUGUAAUACAUCGGACAGUUCUUUGAAUGAGACUGGUCCUUGCUGGUCACCUAAAGGGUUGUCUAGAGCCACAGUAUAUCGGCUUUAUCUUGGUGGAUUCACUUGUGCUCUUGGGCCGUUCUUUUUCUUCAAUGUUUCAAAGACGCGCUGGCUUCAAAUGAGCACAAUGAUAGCCCGAUGGGUAGCAAUUAUUCUUAUGUCCUCUAUUGCUAUCGCUCGAAUAAUCGAGUUUCCGAACGUACCUCGAUUAUUUCUGAAUGACACGCCGAGCCUUUUUGAGCCUCCUCCUGUACGCCCAAACCCUCCAAUUGCCAAUUUUAAGAAUCUUCCUACCGCAUUUGGGGUGUUUGUGUAUGCUUUUAUGUGUCAUCAUUCUCUUCCCGGAGUCAUUACUCCAAUUGACAACAAACGACUCCUCUAUACUACCAUAAUGCUCCCGGUCUAUGUCCUCAUCUACCUCUGUUAUAUCAUCCUCUCAGGAACAGGUGUCGCUGCGUUUAAUUACAUCCAUGACCUCUAUACCCUGAAUUUCGUUCCCUCGGAUGACGUAAACCUUCGACCUGGAUUGGUACUCCUCAUAGCUGAGUAUUUCCUGGCUUUGUACCCUGUGUUUGCUCUCUCUUCUAAUUUUCCAGUUAUGGGAACAACCCUGUCAAAUAACUUGGUCGCUGUUUUUAGAAGUCUUUGUCCAUCAAAUGAGCGAAUUGGGUUGACGAUUAGGUGGGGAGUUCCAUUUCUAGCCCUCCUUCCACCAAUUUUGAUUGCAAUGGUGGUGAACGAUAUUAGUCAGUUGGUGAGUAUGACUGGAUCUUUCGGUGGGAUCUUCUUGAUGUACGUCUUUCCGGUAGUUUUAGUCUUCUACUCUCGAAGGAAGAUAGAAACAAGCCUAAAAUUACCCACUACUCCUGAGGAGAGUGAAUCAGAGGCGCUUGCUGGGCCAUCGAGAUCACAAGUAGUUAAUCCCUAUCAGUCUCCGUUUUCGCACAUUCUUUGGUUGUUGAUAAUUGUCGUCUGGGCGGUUUCCUGCCUCGUCUUGGUGAUUUUGAACAAAUUUGGAGUGGUUUGGCUGUGA